GCGCGCACAUAAUUUUAUUGUAGUGAGGCUGAAAAUAAAAAUUAAAAUAGUAGUAAAAGAAAAUUUGAUAUUAAAAUAUUAUUUAUAUAGCUAAAUAAUUUGAAAUUAUAAUUAUUUAAGAUUUAUCUGUGAUUACCGAAUAUUGUUCAUAAAAAUUUGCUUUAAGUUUGGCUGUCAUAUAUUAAAAAAAAAACAAAUUCUUAAUUUGUGUGUUUCGUGGAAUUCAGAUUUUUUCAAUGGGUUUAAAGAGCGAUUGCCUACCUUGAAAAUAUUUUUCUUAAGUUCGAAAAUAUUAAAACAAAAGAAAAUUUAAAUAAACUGUUUUAUUUUUAUAAUACAAAUCAAUCGUGUUAGCUUGAAUUAUAUUUCAUAUAAAAAACAUAUACUGGAAAAACGUGUAAAAAUCUAUAAAUACUUUUUUCCGCGUCUCCUCCAAUAUUGAAAAAAAAGGAAAUUUGUUUUCUCUCGUUUUUUUUUAGUUUUUCGUUUUAACUUAAGGCCUCAAUAAAUUGGCCAGGCAUUAUAAUGUUUAAUAAAUUAUCCUAGUUAUUAAUAAAUUUAAGUGGAAAUUUUAAAUUUAUAUUGAAACUAUAUACUUAGUAUAAAUACAUAAAUGUAUUCAUUUUUAAUUAUAACCUGAUUGUGCAAUUGUUUUCCUUAAAAUUUGUAGAUUUCACAUUAAGAAAAGCAAAUUUCGUUAAUAAGAACUACUCGUAUUAAAAAAACUUGCAGAAAAAGCAGAAAUAAAAAGUAUACACAAAAUAUUUUUUAUUUUAAAGUAAAUUUUAAUAAAAAAAGAGGUUAUAAACUGUUUAUACAUAAGAAAAAAUAAGAAAUCCAUUUAGAAUGGUUAAUCAACAACAGACUGCCAAAAUCUUAGAUAAAUUCCAAGAUACAAAUAUACAACAAACAUCUAAUAGUGGAAAUGAUUUGUCAGCUGAAGAGAAAAUAGUACAAGAAGAUUUAGAGCGUUUGGAGAAACUUUUUAAAACUUUGGAUCGAGAUGGAAAGGGUAAAAUUGAUAUACAUGAUUUAUCAGCUGCUUUAAAAGAAUUUGGAUUGUCUUCUAAAUAUGCCGAGACAUUCUUACAAAUGUCAGAUAGUGAUGAAAGUGGUGAUGUUGGUUUGGCUGAAUUCAUACAUUAUGUUCGUGAACAUGAAAAGAAUCUUAGAUUACAGUUUUCUCACCUGGACAAAAAUAGAGAUGGUAAAGUUGAUUUGGAUGAGUUAAUAGAGGCAUUUAAAGAUUUAGGAAUUGAAAUGGAUCAGAAUGAAGCAACUAAAUUGCUUCAAAGAAUGGAUCAAGAUGGUAGUCUUAAUAUUAGCUAUGAUGAAUGGAGAGAUUUUUUAUUAUUGGCACCAUCAACUGAUAUUCAUAGUCUUAUAAAAUUUUGGCGGCAUUCUACUUACCUCGACAUUGGCGAGGAUAUGAAUGUACCUGAUGAUUUCACACAAAGUGAAAUGCAAAGUGGUAUGUGGUGGAGACAUUUAGCUGCAGGUGGUAUUGCUGGUGCUGUAUCAAGGACAUGUACUGCCCCAUUAGAUAGAAUUAAAGUAUUUUUACAGGUUCAGCCUCAUAAAACAAGAAUCUCAGAUUGCUUUAAAUAUAUGAUGAAAGAAGGUGGCUUACAAAGUUUUUGGCGAGGUAAUGGUAUUAAUGUAUUAAAAAUAGCACCAGAAUCAGCUAUCAAAUUUGCUGCAUAUGAAAAAGUUAAACGUUUAUUGCGUGGUGAUGAAAAACGUCAAAUGACAAUAUAUGAAAGAUUUUUAGCUGGUGCAUGUGCUGGUGGCGUUAGUCAAACUAUUAUAUAUCCAAUGGAAGUAUUAAAAACAAGAUUAGCAUUACGAAAAACUGGUCAAUAUUAUGGAAUAUUAGAUGCAGCUAAAAAAAUAUAUGUUAAUGAAGGUGUAAGAAGUUUUUAUCGUGGUUACAUUCCAAAUAUAUUAGGUAUUGUUCCAUAUGCUGGAAUUGAUUUAGCUGUAUAUGAAACAUUAAAAAAGAAAUAUUUAAGCACUCAUAAUAAAGAAGAGCCAAGCUUUUUAGUGUUAUUAGCAUGUGGUAGUAUAUCAAGUACAUUGGGUCAAGUUUGUUCCUAUCCAUUAGCAUUAGUUAGGACACGGCUACAAGCGCAAGCUGUGGUCAAUAAUAAAAAUUCACAAAUGCCAACCAAUAUGCAUGGUGUAUUUAGUCAUAUAUUAAAGAAUGAAGGUGUUAUGGGAUUAUAUAGAGGUAUUACACCAAAUUUCAUUAAAGUCCUGCCGGCAGUAUCAAUCAGUUAUGUUGUUUAUGAGUAUUCAAGUAGGGCACUUGGUGUUAAUAUGACGUGAUCAUCGCAAUGCUCUCUAGUUAUAAAUUUACAAUUAAGUGAUAUUUAUUUAAAAAUAAUAAUAACCAAAAUAUAAAAAAAAAAGAAAAAAUUUAAAAUCUAUUUUAAAAAGUGUAUUUUCUGAUAACAUUUAAUUUAUAUUUUAAUGUUAUUAUUAUUUUAAUUAUAUUUAUUUUUUAUAUCCUCAAAUGGUUUUUUAACAAGACUUACAAUAAAAGCAAAUAAAAUGAUGUUUAAUGACUUCAAAUGCAUUGUAUAGGUUAUCUAUUCUUAAUAAAAAAAAAAACAAAAAAAAUUUAAUGGUAUCAGAAAAUUUGGAAAUUUUCUUGAUAAUAACUGGAAAAUAAAUUUUCUGGAAAACAACCUACAAAAUUGCAUGACCCACAUUUGGUUUAAGUCACUUAGGUAACUUACGUAAACAGUAUGGUGUAAAUUUACACUAAGAGGAUAUUUGAAACCAUUGAAAUGUUAUCCGAAAAUAAAUAUAAUAUUUUAAUUAAAGUGUACUUUAUUUAAAAAAAGAAAAAAUGAAACUAAAAAAAAAAACAGAAUUGUAAAAAAGCUUCGGUGAAACAGUAACAAACUUUGAAAUUUUGAUUUUAUUUUUAUUUAAUCAAAUUAGGCUUAAGGUAAUAUCUAUUUCCGUCUUGGUAGCUAUUAUACUUACCUAUACAGUAGUAUAUUCAAUAAAACAUUUCAUUCUAAUCAAAUAUAAUUCCUAAGAAAAUAGAAUAGAGAAUUAUUGGAUGGAAAUAGGUGUAAUUACUUUAAAUGAAAUUGAAAAAAGAAAAAAAUAAAACCAAAUCAUAAAAAUAGAAAAUUAUAAAACUUAAAAUAAACUACCUAAAAAAAAUUGCAUAAUAUUUAAGUAGGGACAAAUUUUUUUUAUUUAUUAUAAACUUAUUUUUUUUUUUUUUUUGUAAAUAUCUAAAACUUUUUGUUUUUAUUUAUAAUGUUUUUUAUAAGUUUUCCUUCUAUUUAAAAUUUAACUUUUAAAUUCUAAUUAAUAAUAAUAUUCUCUUAAGUUCAUAAAGUAUUUCAAAAGCGAAAUUCAAAUGGCAUGUGCUAGUAAAUUAUUAAAGACAAAAGAGGCUGGUAUUAUAGAAAAAAUCCUCAGGUUUAUUUAACAAAAAUAUGUAUUUAAUGCAUCAGCUAACGAAAUUUCGCUUUAGAAGAAAAAUAUUUAUAACAGAAAUUUGGAGUUUUUUUUUUGAAAAAAAAGAAAAGGUUUAAUAAAAAUUUUUUAAAUCUUUUUGGCUUAAAACAAACAGUUAAUAAAAAAUUUAAAAGAAAAAAUAAAUGAGAAAAUAAAAAUUUCAAUUUGAUUUUAAAAAUUUAACAAUUGUUUUAAUUUUAUUUUGUAUAAUAUUAUUUUUGUUUUCAUUUUCAGACAUAUUGUUUUUAAAUUUUUAUUCUUUUGGUAUUUUGUUUAUUUUUUCGAAAAAAAAAAUUAAAAUAAAUGCCACUUCAAUAAUUUUUAUAAAAUGCCUGUAUAAAAAAAUGUUUAAUUUGCUUAUGUUAACAGAUCCAUGUAUGUUACGUGACAUACAUGAAAUUUUCAAUGUCCAUGUAUAUCCACCCACAUUUAAAAUAGCUCAGUUCUUUUCAAUAUUUCAUUUAUUUUCGGUUUACUCGUAUU